GGUACAACCAUGUCGACUUCAAAGACUGUGGUGUUGAGAACCUCAGAUGGUGAGACCUUCGAGGUGGAAGAGGCGGUGGCGUUGCAGUCGCAGACCAUCAAGCACAUGAUUGAAGAUGAUUGUGCCGAUUCCAUCAUUCCUCUGCCGAAUGUAACUAGCAAGAUCUUGCCCAAGAUUGUCGAGUACUGCAAGAAGCACAUCGAGAAGCACAUCGAGACUCCCAAGUCCGAAGACAAGACUUCGGACGAUGCUCUCAAAACCUUUGACGCUAACUUUGUCAAAGAGGUCGAAGCCGACCAGGCCACCCUCUUCGACCUCAUCUUGGGAGCAAACUAUUUGGACAUCAAAAGCUUAUUAGAUCUGAUGUGUCAAACAGUGGCGAAUAUGAUAAAAGGGAAGACUCCGGAGGAGAUUCGUAAGACUUUUCAUAUUAAGAAUGACUAUACUCUGGAAGAAGAAAAGGAGGUUCGCAGGGAUAAUGCAUGGGCGUUUGAGUAAAACAUGAAGCCCCUAUGGAUAACCCAUGAUUUUUUUUUUUUUGAUUAGUUUUUUUUUUUUGGUUGUCAAUACCCAGGAUUGCUAUAUAUAUCUGUGUGUGCUAUUAUGCACCCUUUUUUUUUUUUUU